AUUACAAGAAAAGCACCUGAUAAGAACAAAAGUUUGCGAAAUGAACAUGUAGCCAUCUGAAAGCUCUGCCAGCUCGUGUAGAAAGGGGAGCACACCACGAAGCAUGCCCCCUUCAGCCAGCACAAACCUGGGCUACACCCCUCCAGAUGGAGGCUGGGGUUGGGCUGUGGUGUUUGGAUCAUUUAUCUCCAUCGGCUUCUCCUACGCCUUCCCCAAAUCCCUCACCAUCUACUUCAAAGAAAUCCAGGACUACUUCUCUAUCUCCUACAGCCAAAUCGCCUGGGUCUCCUCCAUCAUGCUGGCGACCAUGUAUGCAGGAGGACCUGUGAGCAGUAUUUUGGUUAACCGCUAUGGGAGCCGCCCUGUGGUGAUUGUUGGUGGGCUUAUGGUUGGGGUUGCUAUGGUAACGGCUUCUUUUGGCUCCAGCAUUUUGCAUUUGUAUUUAUGCGUUGGAGUCAUUGGAGGCUUUGGCUUGGCUUUUAACCUGCAGCCAGCUCUUACAAUAAUUGGCAAGUACUUCCUUGUAAAAAGGCCAAUGGCAAAUGGCAUAGCAAUGGCGGGCAGCCCAGUCUUCCUGUCCACCCUGGCUCCAGUCAACCAGUUUCUCUUUGACCAGUUUGGAUGGCGAGGAAGCUUCUUCAUACUCGGAGGAGUGCUGCUCAACUGCUGCAUAGCUGGAUCUCUAAUGAGACCCAUCAAAACCCCAGCGAGCAAUACCACUGAAGACAACAACAUCAGAACUAGACAAGACGAGUCCAAACCCUCGGGCUGCUUCUCAAAGCUCAGCCAAUUCAUAGACAUCUCCCUCUUCAAGCACAGAGGCUUCCUCAUCUAUCUUGUAGGGAAUGUGCUCAUGUUUUUUGGAUUUUUUGCCCCUGUGGUCUUCUUGGCACCAUAUGCCAAGCAUCAGGGAGUAGACGAGUACUCUGCAGCAUUCCUGCUCUCUAUAUUUGCUCUUGUAGACAUGUUUGCACGCCCAGGAACUGGUUUGGUCGCCAACACCAGAUGGAUCAGGCCCAAGAUCCAGUAUUUCUUCAGUUUUGCUGUGACAUAUAAUGGUUUGUGCCAUUUAAUGUGCCCACUUUUACCAGGUUACAUAGGCCUGGUGGUUUACGCUGUGUUAUUUGGCCUAGCUUUUGGCAUGGUUUGCGCUCUUUUGUUUGAGGUACUCAUGGAUUUGGUUGGAGCUCAAAGGUUCUCCAGUGCAGUUGGACUUGCUACGAUUAUUGAGUGUGGGCCCGUCCUGCUGGGGCCACCAAUAUCUGGUUUACUGGUUGACAUCUUUAUGGAUUAUAAAUACAUGUACUUUGCUUGUGGCAUGAUGAUGCUGGCGGGAGGUGUCUUCCUCUUCAUCAUGAACUAUUACAACUACAGAUGGUUGGAAAAGGAGGAGAAACAGAGAAAUGCAGGAGAGCUACAGAUGUUCUCAGCCAAAGAACUUCCCGCCAUUGAAGAAGAGAUCAAACGUAGUACUAAGGAGGAAGCUUGAAGACUUGAGCUGCAAAGAGCAUUGAAUCUGUCCUCUUCUUUUAGAAACUUCCAUCUAUCAAUUCCAUCUAUCUAGAACAGGGGUCACCAAACUUGUUCCUGGAGAGCUGGUGUCCUGCAGAGUUUAGCUCGGACCCCUUAAUCAAACUCAUCUGAACAAGCUAAUCAAGGUCUUAGGUACAUAAUAUUAAUCCUGACACCCUCUCUGGAAAUCUUUAUCACUUGAUAAAUGAGCACAAAGUAUAAUGAUAACCACAGUGCUUUAAUUAUAUGAAAUAAGUGAGUGUAGGUCUAUAGUUUGAUGGAAAUUUUUAAAACUAAACGGCACCAUUAACCAAUCAGUUUCAAU